CUUCUCAACAGUAUAUAACCACUCUCGAUCAUCCGGUAAAAGACCAUCUAAACAUUACACCUUUUUCUUGUUUUCAGUAUUCUUGUUCGUGCGACUAUGGCUCAACCUAGCAACCCAAUUCCUGCGAUGACUACUUGCCAGCCACUGGAGAAACCAGUGGUGGUGAUAGGACAACAAUUCUUGGCUCAGUACCCAGUGGAUCUCACAGUUGCCACCAAGAUCUUUAGCCUUGGAGAAAAUGACUUUAAAGUCACAGAUGUUAAUGGUACCCUCAUUUUCAAGCUCAAAAGUAAACUACUGAGCAUCCAUGACCGCCGUUAUCUGAAAGACGCUGCGGAAAACACCCUUGUCACUCUCCGGCAGAAGAUAAUGACUGCACAUAGAAGAUGGGAAGCAUUUAGAGGAGAGAGCACGGAAGCAAAAGAUUUGCUAUUCAGUGUGAAGAAAUCAUCAAUCAUCCAAUUCAAGACUCAAUUAAAUGUAUUCUUAGCAAGUAAUACAUCGGAAGUUCCUGAUUUCAAGAUCAAAGGAACCUGGAGGGAGAGAUCUUGCACUAUAUUUCUCGGAGAGUCCAAUAUCAUCGUUGCAAAAAUGCACAGGGGACACAAUCUUACUACAGCUAUUCUGGAGACGGACAAUUUUGAAGUGACUGUAUAUCCUAAUGUGGAUUAUGCGUUUAUAGCGGCUCUAGUGGUGGUGCUUGAUGAGAUCAACGAGGAUCGCCGCGGGGAUGAUUGAUUAAACUAAGUGUUCUUCAAUAAAAGAAGUGCAUUUCAUUUCAUGCGCUUUACAGCUUUCUCAAGUAACAGGCAUUGCUGGAAGGCAAUUACAUAAGUGUAUGUCUGUGAGUUUGUUAUAAUUAAUGAUCUUGUCAUGAUAUAUAUUAAGGCACCAUAUAUAUCUGGUUUGUGAAAGCUUCCUUUGGUCCUUGUUAUAAUUAAUGAUCUUGUCAUGAUAUAUAUUAAGGCACCAUAUAUAUCUGGUUUGUGAAA